AUGGCACGCUAUGUCUUUUACGGUGGAGAAACCAAAGUAUAUGUUGGUAAUCUAGGAACUGGUGCUGGUAAAGCUGAACUUGAGAGAGCUUUCAGCUACUACGGACCAUUACAUAAAGUAUGGAUUGCGCGAAAUCCUCCGGGAUUUGCGUUUGUUGACUUUGAAGACCCAAAAGAUGCGGAAGAAGCAGUUCGUGGGCUCGAUGGAAAAGUGUUCUGUGGCUCUAGGGUUAGAGUGGAGUUUCGCCAUGAUCGAGCCCCAGCACGCCGGCCAUUUGAUCCCAAUAAUAGACGUCAUGAGUAUGGCGAGAAAUACCAUUAUGCGUAUGACUGGCAUUGCUAUAGGCGUCAGAGAAGAAGCAGGUCACGCUCUCGAUUUUAUUCAAGGUCCAGAGGAAGGAGAUGUUCACGCGCACAUAGCCGAAGUCGUGGCCAGAGAUCCAGGUCUGUCUCUGCUCGGACAUCCAGAUCACUCUCCCCUCGGAGUCGUUUGCCAUCAGGAAGCCCACGAAGGAGUGGAGGCGAUCCAGAGCGCCACAGGCAGGCUCUGGGUGGCAGCUGGCCAGAGAGGACAUGUCAUGCCUGUUCCCAAGGAUGA